CUGCCUCCCCGGCCAGGCUGGAUGAGCCGGGAGCUCCCCACCGUCAUACCCCAGCCUCCAUCCGCAUCCCCAGGCCAGGACUGCUGCCACAGCCGCCAUCCGCAGGAGCCCGGCACCCCCUCCCCGCUCACCCUUCGGCCAGCGACCCCCGGCCCGGCCCUGCGCCCCUGUGCCCACUUCUCCUGACCCCUCGGCUGCCACCUCAGAAGGCUGGAGCAGGGACGCCGUCGCUCCGGCCGCCUGUUCCCCUUGGGUCCCUGUUCGCGCCCACGCCGGCCCCCACGCCCGCCCGCAGCCCUGCCCCUGGACACCGGAUAAGGCCCAGCGCACAGAGCCCUUGGUGGACAGCAUGGACCGCCACACGCUGCCCCCGGUCGUCACCCUGCUGCUGGCCGUCUGCAGCCUCAGGCCCACAACAGGUCUCGCAGAAACAGUCCAUUGUGACCUACAGCCUGUGGAUGCCAAGGUGACAUACGUUACAAGUCAAGUUUCUAAGGGCUGCGUGGCUCAGGUCCCAAAUGCCACCCUUGAAGUUCACGUUCUCUUCCUGGAAUCCUCAAGGGAUCUGUCGGAGCUGGAGCUGACUGUCCAGAAGUCCAACCAAAAUGGCACUCGGCCCCGAGAGGUGCUUCUGGUCCUCAGUGCAAACAAGAAUAUUCUGCUGCGGUUGCAAGCCCCAGGGAUCCCCCUCAACCUGGCCUUCAACCCCACACUGAUCUUCCAAGGGCUCCCAGGAAUCAACGCCACACAGCUGCCCCCCUUCACCACCCAGAACCAGUUUCUCGACUGGGCAAAAACAAAGGGCCCCAUCGUCUCUGUUGCUGAGCUGAACGACCCUCAAAGCGUCCUCCUCCGCCUGGACCAAGCCCCGAGGGCACCGUCCUCCUGCAAUCUGGAACCCCUCAUGGACAUGGGCCAAACUCUGGACUGGAGCCCGCUCACCCCCACCUCUGUCCGGGGCUGCCGCUUGGAAGGCGUGCCUGGCCACAAGGAAGCGCACAUCGUGAGGGUCCUGCCAGGCACCGAGGCCCGGCCCCGGACGGUGACCGUGAAGGUGGAGCUGCGUUGUGCUUCAGGGGGUCCCGACGCUGUGCUUAUCCUGCAAGGUCCACCCUAUGUGUCCUGGCUCAUCGACGCCAACCACAACAUGCAGAUCUGGACCACUGGUGAAUACUCCUUCAAGAUCUUUCCAAAGGAGAACAUCCGUGGCUUUCCGCUCCCGGAUACACCCCAAGGGCUGCUGGGGGAGGCCUGGAGACUCAACGCGAGCAUGGUAGCAUCCUUCGUGGAGCUCCCUCUGGCCAGUGUCAUCUCACUGCAGUCCCACAGCUGCGGUGGUGGGCUGCAGACCUCUCCCCCACCCGUCCCGACCACCCCUCCCAAGGAGAGCUGCAACCAGGAGCUGCUCCUGUCCCUGAUCCAGCCCAAGUGCUCUGAAGACGUCAUGACUGUGGUGCUCAAGAAAGAUCUCAUCUCGACUCUGAGGUGCAGCAUCACAAGCCUGACCUUCUCGGACCCCAGCUGCCAGGCUGAGGACAGAGAUGACCAGUUUGUCCUGCGCAGCGCCUACUCCAGCUGUGGCAUGAAAGUGACAGAAAACGUGGUCCGGAAUGAGGUGGUCGUCAACCUCUUGUCAAGCUCAUCACCGCAGUGGAAGAAGGUGCACUGCAUCAACAUGGAGAGCCUCUCCUUCCAGCUGGGCCUGUACCUCAGCCCACACUUCCUCCAGGUCUCAAACACCAUCGAGCUGGGGCAACAGGGCUUUGUGCAGGUGAGCAUGUCCCCCUCCAUCCCGGAGCUCAUGCUCCAGCUGGACAGCUGCCACCUGGAUUUGGGGCCUGAUGCAGACACCGUGGAACUCAUCCAGAGCCAGACCGCCAAGGGCAGCUGUGUGAGCCUGCUGUCCCCAGGCCCCAGUGGGGACGUGCGCUUCAGCUUCCUCCUCCGUGGCUACAUGGUGUCCACGCCCACGACCGGCAUCCUCAGCUGCACCAUAACCCUGCGUUCGAGGAGCCUGUCCCCGGACACCCACAGGACUGUCUCCAUGCAUCUGAAUGUCGUCAGCCCUGGCCUGCCUGACAAAGGCCUCGUCCUGCCCGCUGUGCUGGGCAUCACCUUUGGCGCCUUCCUCAUUGGGGCCCUGCUCACCGCCGCACUCUGGUACAUCUACUCGCACACGCGUCCCCCCGGCAAGCGGGAGCCCGUGGUGGCGGUGGCUGCCCCGGCCUCCUCGGAGAGCAGUAGCACCAACCACAGCAUCGGGAGCACCCAGAGCACCCCCUGCUCCACCAGCAGCAUGGCGUAGCACCCGGCCUGGAGACCUGGGGGGCCCCCAGCCAGCCCUCGCCCAGCAGGAGAGACUGAGCAACCACCAGCUGGGAAGCACUGGCCCUGAACUUCUCCUGGGACCCCAACCCCUCCACUCGACCAAGGAUGGAGGACCAUGCCCUCUGCGUCCACCCCUCCUGCCUCCCUCUCAGAGGCCUGCUGCCAGCGGGGGGACCAGCCUGGAACACCGUGGGGUGCCCCCUCCCCACCCCACAGAACCUGCAAACCCAGUGGGCCCGGACUAUGGCUGCCCCAGGACCACGGAGAGAGAGACCACUGCCCUGUAACUCCACAUUGCUGUAAAAACCGAGGCCCUGUAAAUUUGCACCCGGAUCCAGCACCCGGGCUGGGUGGGAGGCGAGAACUCAAAACAGACUCACCCAGCCCACCCAGGCCUCCUCCACGGAAACAGAAGAGGGCCAGCCCGCAGCCACCCGGACCUGCUCCCAGCGGCCUCCACACCUGGACCGGCACAACUCUGGCAAGGGAAACAGAAGCCUAAGGCUGUCCAGCCUGGCACCAGGGGAGCCUAGCUCCUCCCCACAACUGUCACAUGGAGACCCCGGAGGCAGGCACCUGAUGGGAAGUGGCCUGUUUGGCCUGGACCCACCCCUAUAUACUCACCACCAAUAAAUCAGACCAUGAAAUCAGUGCUGGCCUGGGCCGGGAGAAGGGACAGGAAGCCUAAAAUGGGUGGGGAGGUGACAGCUCUGGGGUCAAAUCCCAAACCUGCCACUUAAUUGGCUUUGUGACUGUGGGCAGGUCCCAUGGCUCGUCCGAGCCAGCCACAGUUCCCUCAGCAGUCACAAAGUCUCUGUGCGGAAGUCUGCAAAUCCGUGCCUGGCCUGUGGCCGAUGGAACGGAGUCCAGGGUUCUUGCUUCAGACGGGCCCCCUGAGGCUGGGGUGGUGGGGGGGUUGGCGGGGAGGGGCUCGUCCCAGGCCUUACAGCCUGGGCUCCUACCCAGUCCAGUUCCCAUGCCAGCUGCAGCCCUCAUGCCUGCGUUUUGUGCUAAGGGAGCUAGAGAUUAAGCUGCUCAAACAUUUUGCCAUUUCUUUUUGAAAAACUUAAAGGCUUUAAUUGACUCCAGCCAUCCUUUGUCUCUGGUGGGCCCCAGGCAGGAGCCCCCUCUUCCCCAGAAGGCCACUAAGAGGUAAUCUAUCAACCAGCACCCAGCAGGACCCCAGGCCUGGCCAGGCAGCUCACACGGUAAGCUGGGCCUGAGCCGGGAUGCAGGCAGGGUAGCAAGGGAGGGGGGCUGCAUAGUUUGGUCUACUAGGACAGUGGGACAACCAAGAAGCCCUCUGGCUGUCUCAGUCAGGAGGAGGGAGAGGCCCAAGGCACCCUAGGCUCAGACAAGAGGAUGUCCCAUCUCGGCCUCCCCAUUCUAGCCCUGGAUCUUGCUGCCCAGAGCCCAGGACCCUGGGCCAGUCUGGACAGAAUCAGAAAAGCAGAAAACAAAAGGCACCUAACAAGAGUUCAUGGUGAGCUGCAGGGCAGGUGUGGGAGACCCCCACUUCCAACCCCACUGCCUGGGCUACUGGGACAGGGAAGGCUCCAGCAGCUUCAGGACGCCGCCCACCAGGUGCAGGCUGCCUGUGACCAGUACAUGGAUGGCGGCAGCCUCUCGGAGCACACCAGCCCCACUGCCAGCCACAGGGUGGGCAAGGAGGCCUGGCGGGGGACUGGGUGGCUGAAAGACAGGGUCCCGGCCUUGGCUGAUCCACUGCAGGGCAUGGGAGAUGCAGCUGAAGACGAGGGAGCCGGUGCUAUGGGUGUGGCGUGGGUGGGAAGCCAGCAGCAAGGACGUGGGCUCAUCACCAGGCUCCGGGUUGGUGGGGCUCCAGAGGUCCGGGCUGGCCGGCUCCUCAUCCAGGUGGCUCCAGUGCUGUUGAUGUGCAAGGCAGCGGAGCAACACCUGGUCCAGGGUCACCAUGAAGUUCUGCUGGUCUGCCGGGCACAAGGGUGGGCACAUCAGCUGGGGGGACUGGGUGGGGGAGGCACGCUGGGAGCACCUGCUUAAGACCAGGCCCUUUACACGCACCAUCAGGCCUCACAGUGGGAAAUGCUGGGAGGAAGCAGAGACACAGGCCGUCCCAGAGCUGGUGGCAAGCAGGGCCAGGCAGCUUAGCUUGAAAGCGGGAGCUCUGGCCCGAUCAACACCUCCCCCAACCUUAGCCUCACUGCCUUCAACUGUAAGGCAGGAUCCAGCACACGGGUGGGCCUAAGUGGAAAUGUGCAUUCCUGGACUCUCCCCAACAGUCUGCUGUGGGGCCAGGGGAUCUGCAUUUUCUUUUUACACUAUUUCAAAUUUUUUUGAACAUGACCCACAG